CAUCCCAAUAACCCGUCAACUAAUGCAGCCUAUUCCAUUUCAAAGACGUUCAAAGAGUCACAUACGUAGCUAAUACACCGACCUAACGCGAAAAGCUAACAAACGGAGGAGUGUAUGUUUGUUUUAGAGCCGUGGACUAUUCAAAAGCUUGGACCCGAGGCGAAGUUUGAAGGCUGCAGGAGGAAUUCCUGGUGUCAUCGUGUUGUUGUCCAAUCAGAGACCUGCAUGUGUGAAGCCGCGGCCAGCAAUGGAACCCUGGCCUGCAGUGGCCUGGGUCCUACUGCUGAUGGUCCUCGCUGAUUGGCUGAAAACGGCCCAAUCAAAGGACUUCACAGAACAGGAUAUCAUCUACCUCCAUCCCUCAACUACUCCAUUCCCAGGCGGGUUCAAGUGCUUCACCUGUGAAGAAGCACCUGACAACUAUGAGUGUAAUCGCUGGGCGCCAGACCUGUACUGCCCGCGAGAGUCUAGAUACUGUUACACGCGGCACAAGAUGGACAUGGAGGGGAACAGUGYCUCUGUGACAAAGCGUUGUGUGGCUUUGGGAGACUGCCUCUCUACUGGAUGCUCUGAAGAAGACCAUGAAGKAACCAGGGUUUGCACAGCGUGCUGUGAGGGGAAUAUCUGUAACCUUCCUCUCCCCUGGAACAUGACGGAGGCUGUGUUCGCCACCACCUCACCCCUCAGCGGCACCACAGGGCUCUCACAGUGCUACACACUAACAUCCAUCCUGCUCUACUUCACCCUGCUCAACUCCAGCUAUGUCUGACCAGUGGAGAGAAACACUAAUAUAUAUAGCAUUUUAUUUAACAGUUGAAGGUCUGAUAUGACUAGAUGGACUCAAUAUACACCCUAUGGAGAUAGGACUCACUACAGGUUUUGGACAAUUUAUUUCCCUUUUAAUUCAAUAGGAAACCAGUUUUGAUUAUCUUUCAUYGUUAUGCAGGGCCUCAAUAAAACAAGCACUUAGAGCUCGACACUGCUUCUGAAACAGGCAAUAUGGCUGUCAAUCUUGAAGGAUCAAACAUACUAAAUAUCCCAGUAUGACACUGCAUCAUUCUCCCCCUACUAGUCUUCUGCACAGGGACAGAAGGAGGGGAAACUGUGGCGUGUUUGGACUCGUCAGUAGGCUAUAGGCCAUUGUAAAAGCUGCAAUAUUUUCCAGUGAUGAGGAAGAGUAACAGACAGACAGCAGCUUCUGUGAGGAUUAGUCUGCUUGAAACUUUAUUGUGCUUUUAUGUUUUCACAUUUGUKAGUCAGUUCCCCAUGUUGUAUGUUUGAUACAUUAUGUACAUAUACAUAGUAUUUAUUUUUUUAAGGAACAUGGUUGUUAGACAGUGAAUGUGUAUGUGUGAAAUGUUAGCAUUUAGGUAAAGUGGAACAGAUAACAUAGGCACUGCUCAUGCUUUUAUGUGUAGUAUGUGGAAAGUAUUUUUAACAACAGAAAGAGAGCCUGGUGCCCAUCAAACAAACGUAUAACGCUUUGCAUGAGGUGGUGUUUCUGUUGUGGAAAAACUAUUUCCUCAAACCUUAAAAAGGAUUCAAGUUAAUUACAGGUCUAUUUUGGCUUAACAUUUUCCGAUGAUGAAAAAUAAAUCUGACUUUCCACACAGUACAGUAAACUACCCCCAUAGCUAAGCACAAGGCUGCUGUACUGUAAUUCUAGGAUUUAUAACUGAUCAUUGCAGUUUUAGUGAGAGGCAACAAUGCAUGACACCAUUAUUUACUGAUACUACAUUACAUAUGCUCUUAACCAGAGCUCCUUACUGUAGUGAGGGUAUACAUGUUCAUACUUGUCCCCCAUGGGAAUCGAACCCACAACCUUGGUGUUGCAAGCACCAUGCUCUACCAACUGAGCCACACAGGAAACGCACCAUGCUCUACCAACUGAGCCACACAGGAUGCUCUUUAGUAGUCUUUUACUCACCCCUGUUUUAAUGUUUUCCGUUCUCGUGACACAUACCUCUGGUGUUUAUACGGUGUUUUGUGACAUGUUUGUCAUCCAUCACUCUUUGUUGGCCGGUGUGGCUGCCUGGCCGGCCGAGAAAAAUGCAGAGUUAGCAAAUACAGUGUUAUUGUUCUCCAGGCUUUUAUGAUUUGUUUAGGCUGACCGCCCGAGACAUAGAGGAGACCGGUAAUUUCAAAKGGUAUUUGAACCAAGGUGUGCACGCCUCCAUCUCUACUGUCUGUUCAGUAGCACUACAGGCAAAUACUAAGAGGAAAAGAGUGAAGCGURAUUUACAGAUGGCAAACGUUUUUAUCUACUGUAGUCUGCUCUGUUCACAUUUAAUAAAUUACAUUUUGUUUUUUUAUGGCGGGCCUUGUGUUUUCCAAUAUCAUAGCAAGAUUUUAUCCUGUAUUCUAAGCCUUAUCCAGAAAUGAGAAUUGCACCAAAUUUGCAUUUGUCUGAGGAUGGUGCUGGACCAUCUGAAAUAAACAGAAAAAGGGGCAGCUUUAAAUAAAGGUUUAAAUCCAGGUCAUGUGACGAUUGCUCAAAACACAGGGCCCUAUUUAUGGGGUAACAAAGGGAUUCUUUGGGAUUUUGGCAAUGAGGCCCUUUAUCUACUUUCCUAGAGUCAGAUGAACUCAAGGACACCAUUUUAUGUCUC